UCGUCUUUGAGUGCACGAGACGCGCAUUCAGCGUUCAUUAGCGCCGCCGAGAGCAUCGCCAUUCUCGCUGCCGCCUUUGUAUCGUAAUAGUGUUGAUUAAAUUCAUCGAAUAACUUGUUGGAACGCGCUUGCUGCUUCGACGCGCAAGCUAAUAAACAAUAAGUGGCUGAAGGGAGGAGGUGGGUGACAGCCGCCCCCAGCAUUGGGCGAAACAGUACAGACAAAGCCUUAUUUAAAUGCAAAAGUAGCGAAACGCGAACCGGCGAUGCAUCUGUUCUCCAAUUUCGCGAUCUGCGUCUUGCUUCUGACGGCGGCGACAUCGGAGGAGUCAAAGGCGACAAACGCUCUGGUUAAGAUAAACUCGACAAUUGUCGCCCCCGGCGUGUCCCUGGCCCCGAAACCAGCAAUAAUCCUGGCGAAUAAAAACGGCACCGCAAUCGGCAACGUAGCGGUGGCGGCUGUGGGCGCACCGGCGUCUGAAGUGACCUUAGGGGACGGAAACGUCCCGGCCAUUCAAGCGCCCAUUGCGGCCGUUGUUCCUUCAACUCCGGUUGCGGCCGUUAUUCCGACCACCACUCGCCGCCCCCUAUUGCAAGGCAUACGCCUGCCGUGCCAAUGCGCUAACGGUCAUUGCGGUUGUUGCUCCGGCAUGAUUCUCGAACGCUUCAAACAGAAGGCAUGCAUGAAUCUUACCUACGAUGCCGAUGAAACCGCCGUCACCGCCUCCAUGUCGAUGAAUGAACGUGUCCUGUAUAAGAACACAAUUUCCGGUAAAAAUCCGGAUCCGAUGUGUAUUCGAGUACCGAGAUUCCGUUUCAUUGAAUUCUGCGUGGAAUUUUCUAAUAUUUAUUUCGCCAAACGUAAUAUUCACAUGUGCAUCGAUGCAGAGGCAAGUUGGGCGGAAUUUUCUCUUGUUGAAUGGUCCUUCGACUGCGUUCGUCUCGGCGCGAGCGGCGUUGCAGUAAUAGGGCCAGAAGAAGGCGGAGGACUGCCAGUCGGGGGCGGUGAUGACGACGACGAUGACAUCGAAGACUACGACGAGAAUGUACGAAGCGAACCACUAAAAAGCGACAAGUACACAGUCGAAAAACUUCCGAAUGGUUUCGUUAAAAUUUCCUUUGAUAAAAACGAUGUUUAAUUUAUUAAAUUUACACUAAAAACACUUAAAA